CACUAAAGCAUUAAUUAAUGCUCUUUGUAAUGGACUCACAAAACGGUUUAGUCAUAUGUUCCUAGAUCGUGAACUGCGUUUAGCAGCUAUGUUGCAUCCCCGCUUUAAAUUAUUUUGGAUCCAAGAAGAUAAAGACGAUGCAAUCGAAAUGCUUAAAGAAGAAUUUCAAGAUGAGUGUGAACGUAGCGGACCGCCUCUUUUAAAUUCAAAAGCAACUACACCAGAAAGUGAAAGUGAGGAAAGUGAUGAUGCCCAACCACCAAGAAAGAAGGCAAAGAAAGAUUUUUUUAAGUCUUUAAAUCCCAGAAAGGCCCUUGAAACAGAAGAGCUUGAUAGAUUUUUAAGUGAUGGAUCGGCGGCAUCUGAAUCUAUUUUAAAUUUUCCAAUUUUAAGUCGGUUGUUCUUACGAUACAACACUGCUCUUCCUUCAUCAGCAUCCGUCGAAAGACUGUUUAGUGUUGCUGGAAGUAUUUUUAAGCCAACUCGAUCAAGGCUGAAGGACAAAAACUUUGAAAUGCUACUUUUUCUUAAAGUGAAUGGGGAUUCUAAUUUCUUGUAAAUGUGUAAUUAAUCAGAUAUGAAAUAAAUUUUUGCAUGUA